CACCCCUCCUCCCUCCUCCCAAUCUCCUCGCCGCCGCCACCUCCUCCUCCCUGUCCUCGGCCCCUCCUGAUCCACCUCCUCCCCGUCCUCUCCCACCCACCGCCGACCUCGUCGUCCUCCUCACCCACCGACGCCAACCUCGUCCUUCCCCUUCUCUCCCACGCACCACGGCUGCCAAACCUAGCCCUCUCCCUCCCUUAGAUCUCAGUCCGCUGCUGCCCCAACCCAAUCCCUACCCCCACGUAGCCCAACCCAAUCCGCCGCCGUACUCUUCUCCAGUCACACCGGCGACCUCCAACCUCAUCGCCAGCAGCCCAUCCCCUCUUCUCCUAGAUCCACUCGGGCUACUCAUGUUGUGGCCAGAUCCGGCAGGAACUCCCUCCCUCCCACCUCGCUCCGCAUCCCGAUCCAUACGCACACACAGACAGAGCUUUGGGAGCUCCUGCUCGGCUGCUCAUGGCCACGGUCCAUGGACGUCGCGGACGUGCGGGGGGUGCUGCUGUACCGGGCCGGGCUGGUCACGGCCGCCGCGUCCGUCCUGGUGGCCACCUCGAGGGCGUUCCUGCCCGAGGCGAACACUGUCGGCGACGCUGUCCGGCAGGGCGCCGACCUCUUCUACGCCGUCGGGGCCGAGGGGGCUCACUUCCCCCUCCACACGCAGUUCACCGUCCUCAGCCACGUGCUCUCGGCGCGCUCCAAGUUUGCAGCCAGAAUCACCGAAGAGCCAGCGAUCCAGGACAUCGACAAGCUUGACGGUGACAACCAGCUCGCCGUCGUCGACUACAUCGAGGAUAUCUACAAAUUCUACAAAGUCGCCGAGGGACUACAUGGACUCCCAGCGGAGAUCAACGCCAAGAUGUGGGGCAUCCUCAUCGACUGGAUCCUGGAAGUGCACCAGAAGUUCGACAUGAUGCCCGAGUCGCUGUAUCUCACGGUGUAUAUCAUCGACAUGUACCUGUCGCUGCAGUCCGUGCUCCGGCGGGAGCUGCAGCUGGUGGGCGUCUCCGCCCUACUCAUCGCCUGCAACUACGAGGAGAUUUGGGCUCAUGAGGUGAAUGAUUUCAUCUUGAUCUCCGACAGCGCAUACACCCGGGAGCAGAUUCUGAAGAUGGAGAAGGCCAUCCUGAACAUGCUGGAGUGGAACCUGACGGUGCCCACGCCCUACGUCUUCCUCGUCCGUUUCACCAAGGUCGCAUGCUCCUCCUCCUCCGAUCAGAAGCACGAUAAGGAGUGCGAACACGGAUCAGUUGCUGCUAUAAACCCAACAAUUCGGAGGAGGAAUGCACGAGAAGCGAGUCCCCCAGUGAUGCCAAGACCUGAUGAAGCCAUGAUGCUUACCUCGCUGGAGCGUAUCAACCCUGGCCAUGGUACCACAUUCUUAGUCAUGAGAUGCCUUUGUUCAGCCUCUACAAACAAGAGCUCCAACCUGAAAGUGAAGAAAGCGGAAGUAUACUUGUAGAGCCUUUGUUCUAGAGCGCCAAGACAAAUUUGAAGUGCAAAGCCAUGAAGCCAAGUGCGAAGCUGUGAUGCCAGAGAUUUGUUUGUUCUGUUUGACUGUAAUAGGCUGUAGAGAUUGUGACAUUGUAAUAGAUCUAGUGUUAUUUGAUAAAUUAUGUUUGUUUUGUUUGAAAUAGUGAUUUAAAAAAUUAUCAAAUGGAAACUUGAUUAGUGGGAUCCACUUACCAACA